CCGCCUUCUGCAGGGCUGCGUGUCGCUGAGCGGAGAGAGGCAGCGGCAGUGCGAGCUGCGCCGCGCGUCAGUGAGGGAGACAGACACCGUUCCUGCAUAUGCGGCCACCGGCACCUCACUGAAACACACCGACCAUGGACCUAUUCGAGUUUGACUUCUUCAGGGACUGGGAGCUGGAGCAACAGUGUCAUUACGAGCAGGACCGCUCGGCGCUGAAGAAGAAGGAGUGGGAGCGAAGGACACAGGAAGUGCAGCAGGAUGAAGACUUGUUCUCUACUGGAUUUAAUCUUUUUGGUGAGCCGUACAAGACUAACAAAGGAGAUGCCCUGGCCAACCGGGUCCAAAACACUCUUGGAAAUUAUGAUGAAAUGAAGGAGCUCCUGACUAGCCAUUCCAACCAGAGUCACCUUGUGGGCAUCCCUAAGAACUCUGUUCCCCAGACUCCAGUGGAGAAAACCGACCAGCCAGGCUUUUUCCCUGAGGCUCAACGGAGCCGAACUGCUCCCUCCCAACCUGGAAGUCACAGCACCUCCAUGCCCCCACCCCUUGCCAACACCAUGCCGGGCUCUAGCGUUGUACAUGGACAUCAAUGCAAAAAGUCUCGCUCUUCAGACUGGUCCCGAGGGGGUCACGGUUCAAGUGGCGCCCAGACCGCUCAAGCGGUCAGCCGGGGGAAGCACUCCAGUCAUGAGCAGACCUCUAGUAGACAUGAUCAGGACCAAGAGGACUCGAGUCCCAAUCCUAGCGGACCUACAACUUCGUCACACUCCAACAGGAAGCAGGCCCAGUCUGGCAAAGGAGCAGCGACAGCUGAGCUUGGCCUUGGAAAGUCUCCUACCGAGCAGGACUUGUGCUCCCAUGGCUCGAACUCGCCAGUGGCCUCUACGUCCCUGCUCCCUAGUGGCCUCUUGACGCCAACUUUCCCCCAAGGCCUCCACUGCAAGCCCAGCAGCGCUGUGCAGCAGAAACCCACUGCCUACGUCAGGCCCAUGGACGGCCAAGACCAGGUCCCAAAUGAUUCCCCAGAGCUCAAACCCCCUGUGGAGCUGGUGGAAGGGUACAACAGUGUGCCAUUCGGAGGUCUGCUGGAUACCAAAAGCAGCACGGCUGGGACCAAGGGCAAAAUUCCUAAGCUGACACUGCCACAAUCUGAAGAGGUCAGCCUGCCCAACGACUCCAAUUGUGUGGAGGAAAUUCUGCGGGAGAUGACCCACUCCUGGCCUCCACCUCUCACUGCCAUCCACACACCAGGCAAAGCUGAACAAACCAAGUUUCCCAUCCCUUCAAAGGAUUCCCAGCAUGUGACCUCAGGAUACAAUGGGAAACGCUGCAAUGUUUCCAGUAACAAGCCUGCAACCAAGUCGGUACCACAGAAGUCAAUGCUUGAGGAUGACCUGAAAAUCAGCAGUGAUGAAGAGGACAAUGAACAGGCGGCUGAGAAGCCCAAGCCCAGGAGCGCUCCUCUCAACCUCCCUGGAACCACACCGCGGACCAGCGAACCGACUGGUCACUCCAGCGGUGCAUCGGGCAGCUCCAGCGAAUCGGAGAGCAGCUCAGAGUCCGACUCGGACAGCGAGAGCAGUUCCAGUGACAGUGAGUGCAACCGAGCGUCCCGCGCUGCCACACCAGAGCCUGAACCUCCAUCAACAAACAAGUGGCAACUAGAUAAGUGGCUAAACAAAGUUAAUCCUCACAAUAAAGCACUAAUUAACACCCAGUCAGAUAGUCAUGGGCUUAACAGCUCUCAACCUGAUAAAAGCCAAGCCUCAGACAACCAGAGCUCCAGCAAGAGCAAACCCAGCACAGCACUGGCACCAGCAGACCCCAAGGAGAGAACGUUGCUCAGUCCUAUCCGAGAGAAAGCCAAACCCAAGACUGGUCAGAAGGCUCCGGACAGCAAAAGCACCAAGGUAAAAUCACCAGCCUCAGUGGAGCUUGCACCCCCCAGGAGAAGCACUGGAAAGAAGCAGCCUAAAAAGUUGGAGCGAUCUUCCAGCAGCGAGGAGCACAACUGGCCAAGACCAGGGAACUCAAGUUCUACCCCGAAAGAGAAAGAGCCCCCACCUUUAGAACCGCCAAAACCUAGAGGCAAGGGCCCUGGGGUCAAGACGGCUCCAAGAAAGGAACCUCGGACCACCACGACAAACACCGCACCAACGAAUAUCACACCGGUUCAGGAUAAAAAGAAGCACCGAGGACCCAACAAGAUCAUCCCCAAGUCUAAGGAGUUCAUCGAGACAGAGUCUUCUUCAUCCGAGUGUCAUUCGGACCCUGAAGAGCUCACUAAGGUUCAGCUUCCCUGUCCCGGGCCCAACACCCUAAGCCUGAAAUCCAAGGAUUGCAACAGCAAUAUCCUGAGUGUUAGCAGCCUUACCAGCACAAGCAGCACCUCUAUUCCUGAUCCAGGUGCCUCGGAUCUCCUGGAAGAGCCCAUCUUUUCUCCCAUCCCCAUUGUACAAAAUGAACUUUUGUCACCACUAAGAGAUUUUGAGGACAUCAAGUCCCUUUGGGUUAAGAUUGAACUCAGCUUCCUAUCACGGAUCCCAGGGCAAGACCCUCCGGAGCCUCCCCCAACAAAGGCCGAGUGUCGGGAGGUCAGUGUCAAGCACAGACGGCAACAGUCUCCUGCCUCCAUCCCUGCAGAAAAGAACCCUAGUAAAUCCAAGAGGAAACACAAGUCUGAGCACUGUGACGUGAUGAGUGGAGGCAAGAAGCUUCGGAUGGACAAAGACGCACUGCUGCUUCCUCCUUGUAUCUCGCCCAUACACAACCACAAGGUCUCCAGCACAAAAGAUUCUUUAAAGAAGCAACCUCGCAAGCGGGAUGAUAAGCUGUUACCGCCUCUGCUGUCGCCGCUGUCCGAUGAGCCGGUGGGCCGCCCACGGAGGAGCAGUGAAUGCAGCUCCCUCAGUCAGGAGGGAAACACCUCCACCGUCCCAAACACCCGCACAAUACCUGCCUCCACCUCUUCAUCAUCGUCCUCAUCACACAAACACCGCAAAGGAGAGAACAAAUCCUUCUCCCAUUCCAAGACCAGCGCUGAGGAAGACAGUCACAGCAAGCCUUCCGGCGGUUUUCACGGCAGUGGUCAGUCGGAGCCAGACCUCUGGUCAAACACUUCAGCCCUGUCCACGGAGCACAUGGAGCCCAGGAGACCUAAACUCACAUUUAAUAACACUGUUCACAAUGCAGAUUACUACAUGCAGGAGGCCAAGAAGUUGAAGCACAAGGCAGAUGCUUUGAUGGACAAGUUCGGCAAAGCUGUGAAUUACGCAGACGGGGCGCUCUCGUUUAUCGAAUGCGGCAAUGCCAUGGAACGGGACCCGUUAGAGGCCAAGUCACCAUACACAAUGUAUUCAGAAACCGUAGAGCUCAUCAGGUCAGUGCCCUCUUCCAAUCGUUGUUUGUCACUCCUGUACUUGCGAAUGUUCAAGCUGAAGAAGGACCAUGCCAUGAAGUAUUCCCGCUCACUAAUGGAGUAUUUCAAGAAUUCUGCAAAAAGUUCCCAAGCACCUUCGCCGUGGGGAGCCAAUGGAAAGAGCACAGGUACCCCGUCUCCCAUGUCCCUGAGUUCAUCUCCUGUCAGUUCGGUCAGCAGCGGUGCUGGAGUGAUGGGCUCUUCCUCUGCCUCUGGAAGUGUGGCCAUUCCCCAACGUAUCCACCACAUGGCAGCCAGUCAUGUCAACAUCACCAACAACAUCCUGCGCAGCUAUGAACACUGGGAAACCGCUGACAAGCUGGCCCAGGAAAGUCAAGAGUUCUUUCUGGAGCUGGACUCAGUGAUGGAACCGUUGACGCAGCACAGCAGCAUGACAGAACUGGUGCGCUACAUACGCCAAGGAUUGCACUGGCUUCGGCUGGAGGCCCAUUUGUUAUAGUGCUGGCGCUUCCACUGUGCUCUUCCUUUUUCUCUGUCUUUCUCUCUCUCUCACUCUCUUCCCCACCGUUCAUCACUACCUCCACCAUCUUUGCCAUCUGCAACCCUUCGGAACCCUGAGGGAAGUCGGCAGUUAACCACUAGCGAGCCUCAGAACUGUGAGUUAUUCCCUGGAGGGUGCCAUGUCCUCAUUCCAGUGCAUCAGGAAAGUCUUGAGAUGUCAUAGAAGGCGGACCUGGAAGGACGGAGCGCUGCUGCAUCGCAUCACAGCAUACGGGAGGCCAAAUUUAUGCAUCUGUUACAAGAACAUGGUAGCAGUGGGCAAGUUAACCAAGUUGUUGAAGAAAAAUUCAGCUAGUGACCUCUGUGAUGUGGGCCUGGCAAAUUUAAUUUGCUUUGUAAGGCAGGAGAGGCCAGAAACACACUUUACGCAAGUACGUCAAGAUAGGUAUGAAUGUUUGAACAACAUAUUGCAAGUGCAAAAUACACAUGAACAUUCUUAAAGUGUGAUACUGUGUGUGGCACGUAAGCGGCGAUAGAGUUAACUUCAAAUGUCUGUGGGACAAUGACAUUAAGUUUUGGUCCUAUAUAUUAAUGUACUCAAAAAAAAAAA